CGCAAAUAUUGAAGUCACAAAAUGUAAAAAAAGUCGCCCACAUAGGGCAAGCGCACGCCCCACCCAUAAUCCUGACCUAAAGCUAAAUAUAGAAAGUAACUAAAAUAAAUAUUAUUUAAUAUAUAUUAAAUAAAAUAAAAAAAAUCCCUAGUAUUUUUCUGAAUUCUCGCAGGUUAUCGUUGAACUAAGGUUAUAAUUAAAUAGCACUUGAAAUUGUAUCUAUUAUUUAUCGAGUUUCUCUACCCACCCCUAAGUAAAUGGUACCCCCCUGCCAAUAAAUGAUUUGAUAGAUAUAUUUGACAUUACCACAGAUGAACAGUAUUGGUACAGUAUAUCGAAUUAAAAAAAAACGCGAUAACAUUGAUUCCUUUUUAAUCUACCAAAAAUUAACAACCAAAAAUAUUUGUAUUAAUCAUUACUUUAUGUAGAUCUGUUUCAAGGUGUUGUCAUAUGCUUAAAGAAGAUUUCGAUUCGCUGUCAGGUCAAUACAGAUUUUUUUUUUAUAUAUUGUCUUGGGUCUGGUCUACUAGUCGAGACAAGUAAUAAUUAAAGUCAUUGACUUAAGAACAUGUUAUAAUUUAAGUUAAUAUGUUUUAAUAAAUAAGCAAGAAUCUGAAUGAAGUAAGAACUCCCAAAAAAUAAGAAUAUUAUUAUUAUUAGCUAUUGUUAAUUUUUACUUCAUUUGAAUUCUCGUCUAUUCCUUAAAAUAUUUAUGACUUUCUCGACUGACACACACAAACACAAGUGUGAUUAGUGUCGUCGUAGGUUUCAUAUUUCCAAAAUAAACCGUAAAUGUAAUCCUUUUCAAAAGUACAGCGAAGGUGAUUGCGAUUUUUGGAUUUUGGUAACGUUUAAGCCUUGAUAGCUUUCGUAAAAAAUGAUGAUUUGAAUAAUCAAGAUAUUAAAAACUUAAAUAUUUACCUACGUCUAACGAUUGCCUUAGACAAUUCCAAUUAACCUUACAUUAACGACAUUCUCGUUAAUUGGAAUUAACCCAACGAAAAUAUCGUUAAUAUAAGGUUAAUUGGAAUGUUUAAUGAACGAUAUCGUAAUUUAACAUUCUUCAAAAAACGUCGCGAUCUGAACCGCUGUCAUAGCUAUGUCAAAUAGCGUGAAGCGUUGUAGCGUCAAGCUCGUAAAUAUCUUUGAAAUAUCAAAUUAAAAGAGAUUGCAAUCGAAAUAAGUCGAUUAGGCCAUGGGGAUCCGAGCAUUGUAUAUAUAAAUAUUAGACAACAUCGCAUAUAUUGCUCAUAUUCCAAGAUAACUAUUAUGGAGUAUCUCAGAAAACGAAGGUAACACAAAACCAUGUAUAUGAUGUUGUCUAAUAUUUCUUCGUAGUGUAUCUGCGUCUACGUCUUAUAUUUAUCAUGUUAGUAUUAAAAUAUUCAAGUAAUGAUUUUCAGUAAGGUUGGCUUACAAACAAUCUAUAUUUUACUCAAUUACAGGCAAGGAUGGAGCUUCCAGUUUUGGAUAAAUUUUGCUUCAUAUUCGACUUGAAGACUGGAUGUAUUACAAUGGGCAUAUUGAAUUCCAUAUUGACAUUUACCCUGGCAAUAAUACUGAUCACGUUUGCGGUGGACAUCAGAGAGGCGACCGAGUUACAAGUGAAGAGAGACGAUGAGGUCACCAUGUCCUCUGUGGUGUAUACCAUCGUGGUACUUCUCGUGGUGCUGCUUUUCAUCAAGUUUGUGCUCGACCUGGUUUUUGUGUAUGCAGUUUAUAAGGUUAGUUUAUUGAAUAUAAAAUUUCAUAUACAAGGUAUAAUAUUAUUAUGUAUCAGGAUUCACGGAGUGAAUGAGUUAAGUAUACUUACCAGCUUUUACUACAGGAGUAACACUGAAUUCAUAAACAGCUGUUUCACACAAUUUUGUAUGAAACAGCUGUUUAUGUUUAAGUGAAUUUCAUAGUAAAAGUUGGUAAGUCAACUUAACUUAUCCAUCUCUCGAAGUUAUUAAGUUUCACCUUAUAUGUUUUGUAAUAAACUAUCAACGAUUCUUUUUAAUUUGAAUCUAGAAUAUAAAAUGUAUUUUGAUGGCAUUAAAAAAAUCUCAACAUCGUCGUCAUCAGCCUUUAUACGUCCUCACUGUAGGGUUACAAGCCUUCCAUAUAGAUGGUUAAAGAGGGUGGG